GCAGCUACUGAACAGAAUCGACUAAGAUUUUUACAUAAUAACCAAGGAAUAUUACAUGCUGAUCUGUAUCAAAAACUUGCUGACACCAUAGGAAACAUUACGAAUAGAGAAUUAAACCUUAAUAAUUUUGGACAUCGAGUAAUUUUUCUUUCUACACAUAUCGGCAGUUUAUAUUAUAUGUUUGAAAAUUUUCAAGAUUCAAUAGCUAUUACCCGAUUUUACCAACACCCUGACAUUUUUGGAACUAUAACUGCAAAUUCUAGAUGGCCAGAAAUUGUUAAUGAAUUAUUACCUGGUCAAAUACUAGCAGACCGUCCUGACUUGGUA